AUGCUCGAAGACCCUAGCAACUCUUUUUACCAUUUCGCUGUCGCUGGACAUGCCGGUACUGGGAAAUCUUCUUUAGUCAAUGCUCUCCGAGGUUGUAAAGAUAUGGAUAAAGGUGCGGCCAAAGUUGGCAUCAAUGAGACAACUAUGGACAUAAAGCGAUAUCCGGACAGAAGCUCGAUAUUCCAGAACUUUGUCUGGUACGAUAUUCCAGGUGCUGGCACACAAGCAAACAGAUGGUGGCAAUAUUUCACUGAUAAAGGGCUUUUUAUUUUUGACUUUAUUAUCGUAUGUUGGAAAGACCGAAUCAUGGAGACUGACAUACAAAUCCUCACUUCAUGUGAAAAGAUGGAAGUACCUAUACCUACCUUCCUUGUUCGGACAAAUUCCCAAACACAUAUCUAUUUCCUAAAAUUAAGCGAGGAGAUGACAAAAGAAGAAGCAAAGAAAAAGCUUAUAAAAGAGACAAGCGAAACUGUCAAAAAAAACCUCCAAGCCUGCAAUUAUAAUGAUCCGAACAAGAAGGUUUAUAUCAUCGAUAGAUAUAUCUUGGGCAAAGUUGUUUCAGAUCUUACGGAGAAGUUCCGCUCGGAAAAGGAUAUUAUUGUUACUGAAAAAGAUAUUCGUGAAAUAGCAAAAAAUGUAAAAGGCGCAAUCGACGAAGGUGAUCUUUUGAUAGGCUUGUUGAGAACAGCUAAAGAACGUCGUUGUUAA